AUGUGCGCCCAGGUGGCGGGGCGCGCGGAGGCGGCCCCCGGGGAGCCCCGCGGCCCCGGGCUCCGGCUCUGGCUCCUGGUGGUCCUCACCCUGGACGUCGUGAGAGUGGGCUGUGACCAGAACCCCCUAGAGCCCGUCUACUUGCCAGCUGCCCUGGAGCUCCUGGAUGCCCCCGAGCACUUCCGAGCACAGCAAGUAGGCCGCUACCCACCGGCCAACGCUUCCCUAAGCUCAAGGUCAGAGACCUUCCUGCUCCUGCAGCCCUGGCCCAGGGCCCAGCCACUGCUCCGGGCCUCCUACCCGCCCUUUGCCACUCAACAGGUGGUCCCUCCCCGCGUCACUGAGCCCCACCAGCAGCCAGUCCCGUGGGACGUUCGAGCCGUGUCUGUGGAAGCUGCGGUGACUCCAGCGGAGCCCCACGCCCGAGUCCUCUUCCAUCUCAGGGGGCAGGACUGGCCCCCCGGGCCUGGCAGCCUACCAUGUGCCCGGCUCCAUGCCACCCACCCUGCGGGCACUGCUCACCGGGCCUGCCGCUUCCAGCCGACCCUGGGCGCCUGUGUGGUGGAGCUGGCGUUCCCCGCCCACUGGUUCUCCCAGGCCACCUCCACGCGGGCCGAGCUGACCUACACGCUGGAGCCCGAGGCCGACGGCCCUGGCGGCUGUGGCCCAGGCAGCGAGGAAGACCUCAGGAAGCAGGCCCUCCCUGUGGGCAGUGUGGAACUGCGUUCAGCGGACCCCCCGCAGUACCAGGAGGUGCCCCUGGAUGAGGCCGUGACCCUGCGGGUGCCCGACCUGCCUGUGCGGCCUGGCCGGACCUUCAGUGCUACCCUCCUUCUUCGACGCAACUUCACGGCCAGCCUCCUGACCCUGCGGAUCAAGGUGAAGAAAGGCCUGCAUGUGAGUGCCGCCCGCCCAGUCCAGCCCACCCUCUGGACUGUCAAACUGGUCCACUUCAAGAGUUCCAAACACCACACCGCUCUCAUCACUUGUCACCGUGCCGGGGCUGCAGUGCCACACUCCAGCACCCCGGAGCUGGCCGAGUUCCUGUGGGUGGACUUCGCCGUGGAGAAUGGUACCAGCGGGGGUGGGGCGGUCACCCGUCCGGUCACAUGGCAGCUGGAGUACCCUGGCCAGGCCCCGGAGGCAGAGAAGGACAAGAUGGUGUGGGAGAUCCUGGUGUCAGAGCGGGACGUAAGAGCACUCGUCCCACUGGCCAAGGCGGAGGAGCUGGUGAACACGGCCCCGCUGACCGGCGUGCCCCGACAUGUCCCCGUGCGCCUUGUCACUGUGGACAGUGGGGGCACCCUGGUGGAGGUGACGGAACAUAUCGGCUGCGAGUCUGCCAACACACAGGUCCUACAGGUGUCCGAGACCUGCGACACAGUGUUCGUGGCCGGCAAGGAGAGCCGGGGGGCACUGGGGGUUCGGGUGGACUUCUGGUGGCGCCGGCUGCGGGCCUCCCUGCGGCUGACCGUGUGGGCCCCGCUCCUGCCCCUGCGCAUCGAGCUGACCGACACCACCCUGGAGCAAGUCCGUGGCUGGAGGGUCCCUGGCCCGCCUGAGGGGGUCCAGGAGCCUGAGGCUGCAGCAGGCAGUGCCACAGAAGAGGCUGAACGGCGCGCCCGAGGGUGCCGCCUACAGUACCAGCGGGCCGGCGUGCGCUUCCUCGCCCCCUUUGCGGCCCACCCGCUGGACGGCGGCCGCCGCCUCACCCACCUGCUCGGCCCGGACUGGCUACUGGACGUGUCCCACCUUGUGGCGCCCCACGCCCGAGUGCAGGACCCGCACAUAGCCACGCUGGAGGGAGGCCACGUCCUGGUGGGCCGAGAGCCUGGUGUCACCUCCAUCGAGGUGUCUUCUCCGCUGUCUGACUCCAUCCUGGGAGAGCAGGCCCUGGCUGUGACGGACGACAAGGUCUCGGUGCUGGAGCUGCGAGUGCAGCCCGUGAUGGGCAUAUCGCUGGCCCUGAGCCGGGGCACCACCCACCCUGGGGAGGUCACAGCCACGUGCCGGGCACAGUCAGCCCUUCCUGCCCCCAAGCAGGAAGUGGCCCUCUCCCUCUGGCUGUCCUUCUCGGACCACACGCUGGCCCCCGCCGAGCUGUACGACCGCCGUGACCUGGGACUGUCCAUCUCGGCUGAGGAGCCCAGCGCCAUCUUGCCGGCCGAGGAGCGGGGUGCCCAGCUCGGGGUGGUGGUGAGUGGGGCGGGCGCUGAGGGGCUGCCCCUGCAUGUGGCUCUGCACCCAGCCGAGCCCUGCCGCCGUGGCCGCCACCGAGUGCCCCUGGCCUCUGGUACUGCCUGGCUGGGGCCCCCUCCAGCCCCCACCCCAGCCGCUGCCCUCCCAUCCAGCCCCGCCUGGAACCCAGUGGCCACAGAGGCCAGCCUGGGUGGUAGACAGCGAGCAUUGGGUGGUGGGGAGGACAGCAGGGGAGUGAGGGGCAAGUUUGAGCGGGCAGAGGAGGAGGCUGAGGCCAGAGAAGAGGAGGAGGGGGAAGAAGAGGAGGAGGAGAUGGUGCCCGCCCCUCAGCGGGUCACUGACCUCGAGCUGGGCAUGUACGCUCUGCUGGGCAUCUUCUGCCUGGCCAUCCUCAUCUUCCUGGUCAACGGUGUGGUCUUCGUGCUGCGUUACCAGCGCAAGGAGCCUCCGGACAGCGCUGGCGACACCGCCUCCCCGCAGCCCCACAACUGGGUCUGGCUGGGCACUGACCAGGAGGAGCUGAGCCGCCAGCUGGACCGGCGGUCCCCUGGCCUGGCCAAGGGGGAGGGGGGCUGCCCCUGUGAGAGCGGGGGCGGAGGGGAGGCCCCAGCCCCGGCCUCUGACGCCACCAGCACGCUGGCCCGGAAGGAGGCUGGCGGGCGGCGGAAGCGCGUGGAGUUUGUGACCUUUGCACCAGCGCCCCCCGCCCAAUUGCCCGAGGAGCCUGUGGGCGCCCCUGCGGUGCAGUCCAUCCUGGUGGCGGGCGAGGAGGACAUCCGCUGGGUGUGUGAGGACAUGGGGCUGAAGGACCCCGAGGAGCUGCGUACCUACAUGGAAAGGAUCCGAGGCAGCUCCUGACCCAGCCCCACGCCCACUGGGCAGCAAGGCUCGGCCCCAGAGCACCCCCGGCAUGCCUCGCCUGCUCUGGUGCCUGUGACCCAUGUCCCCUGCCUGGCCCCGCAACACAAGGACACCCAUCCAGGCCCCCUGUGCCCUGUCCCUUGUCCCAGACCAUGGUGUGAGGAAGGGCUCAUGUCCCUUAUUUAUGGGAACCAUUUCAUUCCGUGGUGGAUACAGAAUAAAGCCAGAAGGGAAUCGUA